AUGAAGCUCAAAAAUCUCAAUUCCCAACACUUCCUUUUCUCGCCCAUAACCCCAAGCUCAGGAGGGCUUGCUCUCCUAUGGAAAAAAGAGAUAGAUAUUCAAAUCCUGUCAUCGAGCCAGAAUUUCAUAGAUACACAUAUCACUUUCAAAAACAUAUCUUUUGACAGUACCUUUGUCUACGGUGCGCCCGAGAUUCCUAACAGACAGGCAGUGUGGGAUGCUCUUACUAACAUCCCAGAGACAAGGGAUGGACCAUGGUUCCUCACCGGUGAUUUUAAUGAGAUCACUGACAACUCGGAGAAGUCUGGGGGAAAAGAAAGAACUGAAAGCUCGUUCACAUCCUUCCGAUCCUUUCUAUCGACGUGUGACCUCUUCGACCUCAAACAUACAGGCAACUUCCUCUCCUGGAGAGGCCAACGACACACUCACCUAGUCCAUUGCCGUCUAGACCAUGCAAUAGCAAAUAGCUCCUGGUCUGACUUGUUUCCUAACGGGCGCUCACACUACUUAUCCUUCGAAGGCUCGGAUCAUAGACCAAUCCUAUCAACAUUUGACUCGAAAAGAAAGAAACAACAAAAAGUUUUCAGAUAUGAUAGGAGAUUACGGGAUAACACUGAAGUAAAAGAGUUAGUGGACAGAGUAUGGUUAGAAGGCGCUAACCUUACGGUGAUGCAGAGGAUAAGUAAGUGUCGACAAGCCAUUGCGGGGAGGCGAGCUCGCAACAGGCUAACCACCAUAGAAGAUUCAGCGGGGAACCUCGUCUUUGAAGAUGAGCAGAUUGUGGGAGUAAUAUCACAAUACUUCCAACAGAUCUUCAACUCAACGGUCCCUUCUGCUACAAAGAUAGUUCAUAAGGCUCUGACUCCGUGUAUCUCCACGUCGACAAAUGAGCAUCUUAUUUCCAUCCCCAACCUUCAGGAAAUAAAAAAGGCUCUCUUCGAGAUUCACCCCGACAAGGCCUCGGGGCCUGAUGGUUUCUCAGCCAGUUUCUUUCAAUCUAACUGGGAGAUAGUAGGACCUGCAAUGGUUAGAGAAAUUCAGUUCUUCUUCGAAACCGGAUAUCUACCUAGCACAAUAAAUGACACCCACAUCAGGUUAAUCCCCAAGGUCAACAGUCCGAAGCAAGUCUAUGACUACAGACCUAUAGCUUUGUGUAAUGUCUAUUACAAAAUAAUUUCAAAGAUCCUAUCUCUACGCCUAAAGCCAGUCCUAAGGAACAUCAUUUCUGAGAAUCAAUCAGCCUUCAUACCUGGCCGCGCAAUCUCGGAUAACGUGCUGAUCACCCAUGAAAUGCUUCACUACCUAAAGACUUCGGGGGCCACUGUUCACACUUCGAUGGCUGUAAAGACAGAUAUUAGUAAAGCCUAUGACAGGCUAGAGUGGACUUUCAUAGAAGCUGUGCUAGAAAGAUUGGGUUUUCAUCAUACCUGGACUCAUCGAGUGAUGAAGUGUAUCACCACCGUCUCGUAUUCUUUCCUCAUCAACAAUGUAGUUGCUGGUAGUGUGUCACCACAACGCGGGAUCAGACAGGGAGAUCUUCUUUCUCCCUAUAUCUUCAUACUUUGUGGUGAAGUUUUGUCUGGCCUCUGCAAAAGAGCACAGAUAAAUGGGAAUAUGGCAGGGGUUAGAGUGUCGCGGAACAGCCCGAGAAUAAAUCACUUACUCUUCGCAGACGAUACGAUGUUCUUCACAAGAACUGACCCUCAAAGCUGCACUACUCUGAUGAACAUUCUCCACAGCUACGAAUCAGCCUCUGGACAGAUGAUUAAUGCAGCAAAGUCAUCCAUCUCUUUCUCAUCAAAAACAUCACUGGAUGUAAGAUUAAGGGUGAAGCAGCAUCUAAGGAUAGAUAAAGAGGGAGGGGUAGGAAAAUACCUCGGUUUACCUGAGCUUUUUGGGAGGAAAAAGAAAGACAUAUUUACAUCCAUAGUAGACAAAAUGCAGCAACGAUCUCAGAGUUGGUCCACACGGUUUCUUUCGAUGGCAGGGAAAGCUACAAUGCUCCAAGCAGUGCUAUCACCUAUCCCCAACCAUGCGAUGUCCUGUUUCGAGCUACCUGUGAGUUUGUGCAAACGAAUUCAGUCAGUUCUCACACGAUCUGGGGGUUUAGGAUUCCGUGUUAUCCAAGCUUUCAACCAUGCUUUGCUUGCAAAAAUCUCCUGGCGUAUCCUCACCAAACCUAACUGCCUCCUAGCUCGGGUACUAGUGGGAAAGUACUGCAAUAACUCCUCAUUCGUCAAAGUCGCGCAGUCAUCUUCCUCCUCUCAUGGCUGGAGGGGCGUUUUACUAGGCAGAGAUCUUCUAGUUCAACAUCUUGGGAAAGCCACCGGGAAUGGUGAAUCAACUAGCAUCUGGAAGGACUCUUGGAUUCAUCCUGAAUCAAAUCUUCGACAUGUUGGUCCAACCUCCUUUGAAGAUCAAGACCUCCUAGUCUCGGACCUCCUCUCGCGGGAAACAAAGGAAUGGAACGAAGCAAAAGUCUGCAACCUCAUGCCUGAACUAGCAGCUCACAUCCUGAGUCUGCGACCAAGCAAGUUCGGAGCAGCAGACUCCCAUAUUUGGAGCUAUCACCCCUCAGGAGAGUAUACCACCAAAUCAGGGUACCUUUCCUUACAAGAAACCAAAGUCCAAUCGACUCUUUCACUCUUGGACAGCACAACUGAUACGGAUGGUUGGAACUGGAACAAACAUAUUUGGUCUCAGAAAAUGUCACCGAAAAUCAAAAUGUUUUUAUGGAAAGUGGGACACAACUCACUACCUACAGGAAAUCUGGGCGUUAGGACCAUGGACGACUACCUUCGACUCAGCGGGAUGUACUUCGAUCAAAGCAGCUCUCAUGACGUCGUAUUCGUGGAAAGUCCUCCCACCUUACGGUCUCAGCAUCAAUGCCUUCCCUUGGCUAUGUUGGCGCAGAUCCAUUUCGACGCUCCUACGGCCCCAAAGAUCUCGCUACCGUCAGUACCGUUCCCCAUCCACCCUCAGACGAUCUUGUGUAAUACCGAUCCUGCUUGGAAAAGCGAUUCGGGAACGGGGGGUUUAGCUUGGAUUUUCUCAAAUCAGGAUGGAUCGGAAGUUGGAAGAGGCUCAUGUUUUCAAGAUCAUAUCUCUUCAGCUUGCAUGGCGGAGGCGCUAGCGAUUCGUCAAGCCCUCUUAAGUGCGAUUGAUCUCAACAUCAACCAUAUCUGGCUCAGAUCAGACUCUCAAUUGCUCGUUAGAGCUUUAGAAUCGGGACGGCGACCGAUUGAUCUCUACGGGGUGCUCUCGGACAUCGUCACGAUCUCCUCGUCGUCUUUCACUUCUUGUUUUUUCACUUUCGUCAGUAGGGAUUUUAAUGGGCCUGCGGACUCAUAUGCCAAGGCACGCUUGCUUUCUGGCCCAAGCCCAUGUUUCCCAUAA